AUGGCUAAUCAGUUCAAAUCUCAUCCAAGUUUCAUGUGGUGGGCUCGGGAUCAUACCGAAUUUGGUGAACCUCCCUCAAGAACACCGUCUUCGGUUGGUAGGGAAUGCAUUCCUCCAACAACAAGACAGUCUUCAGUUGGUAGUACUGAACAUAUGCCUACGACAAGAAGACCGUCUUCAGUUUGCAGUGAACAUGUUUCUCUGUCAACAAGACAGUCUUCAGUUGGCAGUGAAUGUAUUUCUCCAACGAGAAGACAGCCUUCAGUUUGUAGGGAACAUAUUCCUCCGCCAACUAGGCAGUCUUCAGUUGGCUGUGAACAUGUUUCUGUGGUAAGCGACAGUGUGAUAACAUUGCCAUCUCAAGGAGCCAUGACACCAGCUACAACAGGAGUUAAUACACCCAUAUUCUCAGGUGGAUCGUCUCAAGAAUUUCAAUAUAAGAUUGAGAAGGCAUCACCGGAGACGGCUAGGCAUGUCGCGCUGAGAAUGUAUGAGAGUAUGAAGAGGUAUGGGUUGAGAGAAGACGCAGGCAAGAUUAUUGGUAAGGAGGCAAAUGAGAUAGAGGAAAUAAAAGAGGAGGGAGUUGAUAGGGUUGGGAGGAAAAGCGAAGAGCUUAUGGGAAUGGAUUAUUUGUUGAGAGAUGGCUUUGUUAGUUAUCUACGUGACAUGGCGAAAAUUACACCGCCUAUUCCCCAACAGGUAGUUCGGUUUUCGAAUAUAAAGUUUACGAGGAAGUUUCAUGUUUCCGACGGCACAUAUGAAACAUUUGGAAAUAAGGUGGUGAAAUGCUUUGUUGGUCCUCUAAAGACUCUUCUGCAAGAAAAGGAUUCAACAUGGUUGCAGGUUCUGAAGGGUGUGGAUGGGUACAUCAUGCCUGGCUCGAUGACCCUCUUACUUGGUCCACCUGGAAGUGGAAAGAGCACUCUUCUUGAAGUUCUAGCAGGGAGAGUAAAAGAGACUAAGAACUCGAUCUUGGAAGGAGAAGUCAUGUACAAUGAUAAAUAUGCCUCUGAGAUUUCUCUGAGCAGACUCAUCGCAUACAUAAAUGGUCAGCUUAACAAACACAUUCCUUUUCUUUCAGUUCGGGAGACACUCGAGUUUGCAAGGGACUGUACUCAGGGUCUUCAGCCAGAGAACUUUACUCCUCAGAUGAGAAAAUUCUUUGCACAUGCACUUGUAGAAGGGCAGGAUCCUUUCCUAGAGUAUGUGCUAGAAAUUUUAAGCUUGAAGGAAAUACAACACAAACUAGCUGGAGACGAAAUUUCCGACACUGACCGCCAAAAGCUCACAACAGCCGAGUUGGCUCUUGGAACAUAUUCUGUCAUGCUUUACGAUCAACCAUUUUCAGGAUCUGAUUUAGCUGCUACAUAUGAUCUUGUGGACACCUUAAGAACCAUUAGCAGGAUUCAGCAAUCUUCUGCAAUCAUGUCAAUCACCCAACUUUCACAGGAGGUGUUUGAUCUUUUUGAUAGGAUCAUAUUACUUGGUGAUGGGCAUGUCCUGUUCCAAGGUCCUCGUCAAGAUGCUAUCCCUUACUUUUCCAACCUUGGGUACACUAAGCCCUCCCAUGUCGAGUCCAAUGAAUUCCUCGAAGAUAUUGCAGCUGGAAAUGGUUCCCAGUAUCUGGCACAAGGAGCAAGACCUUAUACGCUAGAUGAACUUGUGGCAUGCUAUAAGAUUUCAGAUCACUACAACGAUAUAAUAAGAAUUGUUCAUAAAGAUGAUGGGAAGCAUACCUAUUGGGUAGAAAGUGAGCCUGGACUAGGAUUGUCCCUUAAAACACCAUCCAAGUACCACUACUCAGCCGAUGCCGGUCCAAGACGAGAAACAGAAUUAAUAGUUGCGAAGCUCUCCAGAAAGGUAGGACACUCAGGGGGGAUAGAGAGUACAGGAAGAGUACAGACUGGAGAUGUAGUCACAGCAAUAUCUAUGAACAAAGAAGAAAUGCAAUACCUUUCUGUUGGCCCGCGAAAAACCCAACACGAACGUGCCUCACAUGUAUACUCUAGGUUGAAGCAGGCAAGAGGUCGCAUUCGUCUCCAGGUGGAGCGUUACAAAGACAAGGAAGAGGAGUACCAAGCGCAAUGGGAGCAGUUUCAAAGGCCUUUCGUUCAAACAUGGUGGAAAUCCACCAAAACUCUCAUCAACAGGCAAAUCAAGAUCACCAAAAGGCUUCAUGCUUUAAUCAAAUUAAGGCUCUUGCAGGCAGUUCUGUUAGGCUUUUUUGCGGGAACACUAUUCUACAAACUUGGGGGUCAAUACAACCAACAGAAAAUGAACUCAAUAAGGGCUCUAGGAUUUGUAUCUACCAUGAGCAUAAUGCUCAUAAACCUGGUGCAGCUUCCUUUGUACAUGCUUCAAAGGCCAAUCUUUUACAAGCACAAAACACUGAGGUUCUUCAGAGUUUCAUCAUACAUAGUUGCCAAUUGCAUAGUCAAUCUCCCACAGACCCUCCUAGAAGCACUGACAUACACUCUCUGUGCUUAUUUUCUUGCCGGGCUAUCAAUGGCAGGAAAUGGAUCACCAUUCUUCGCAUAUGUGGCCCUCCUGUGCUUAGUAGCAUACUUUGGUUCAUCAGUCUUCUUCUUUCUAAGUACCAUCUCUUCAAUUCCAGAGGCUGGGAAUGCUUUGGCAGGUCUACUAGUCUCAAUCUCCCUACUCUUCAGUGGGUUUGUGAUCUACCCAUCCAACAUCCCAACUUACUGGAAAUGGCUCAUGUAUGUGAACCCAAUUCACUGGGCUAACGUCUCCUUCUGCAGGUUCCAAUUCAGUGGGGGUUACCCAGAUCCUUGCUCCAACCACCGUGGCCAACUCGCAUUUUGUGACCAGUUCCCAACAAUGACAGUUGGGAAAGGAUACCUGGCCUUUUACGAGCUUUCUGAGGAUUCUAAGAGACCUUGGCUACCUUAUGUCAUUCUACUAGGAUGGACUGCCAUUGCUAUUAUCUUGACACUAUUGGGGCUAAAGAAUAUAGAAUUUGUGGAGACGAGCCAGUCAUUGCCCUAUAUCAGAAAGUCCGCAACAGCUAGCAAUUAUAAAGAAGAUGCAGAUAGUGAAUCUGAAUCUUACAACAGUUUCAGUGAGAAUUCUGACAAUUAUGGUGCAUCCAAGUCUCCUUCGCUACAAAAUUCAGGGACAAGCUACAGAAAAAUGAAGGAAAAUGGCACAGUUGAUGGAUGGAUAGAGGAAUUUCGUGUGGAUCUAGAGAGGAACGGGCUAGGCAUUCCUGUGGAGCCGGUGACUCUCCUAUUUGAGGAUCUAUCAUUCACAAGGUACAAUGGGGGAAAUAAAGAAAGGAGUUCAGUUUUCAGCAAUAUCACAGGCUAUGCUAAACCCCAGAACAUGCUAGCCUUACUAGGUGGUACAAGAACAAACAAGGCGACACUACUCAAAUGCCUGGCUGGUAGGGUCCCAUGCAUUGGCAAUCUACAGGCAAAUGGCUUCCGACCAGGAGCUGCCUUUUGUCGGUUAAUUGGGUAUGUUGAGAAGCUUGAUGCCCAUCAACCUUACCUCUCUAUACGUGAAUCUCUUCAAUUCAGUGCUGCACUUCGUCUAGGAAAAGAAGUUAGCUCCAUGAUGCGAAACAUCCAUGUUGAGCUGGUUCUCAGCCAGCUUGGUUUACUUCCGUACUCCAACAAACUUGUAGGUUCCCUCCACGAUUCCACUGGAAAGACAUUUGAAAUAGCCAAAAAGAUAACAAUUGCAGUUGAGCUGGCUGCAAACCCAAGCAUUCUCCUUCUAGAAGAGCCAAUAUUCGGCCUUGACAUCACUGGAACUUCGACUAUCCUCAAUGUUCUAUCUAAAGUGUCUCAUUCUGGUCGAGUAAUUAUCGCCAGUCUUACGCAUGCUAAUGGACGGGUACUGUCCUUUUUCGACCUGGCUCUCAUCCUAACAGAAGAAGGGCAUCAAGCAUAUUUUGGCCCAGUAGGAUGUAACUGCAAUGAGUUGCUGGAUUAUUUCACAUCAAUCCUGAAGGCCCCUCCUUACUCUGAAAAAGCAACUCCAGUUAGCUUUGUUAUGAGAGUUCUUGGCUUAGGUAUACGAAAGGGGCGAACUCCACAAAUAAAUUAUGCAGAAGCAUAUCAAGUUAGUUUUUUGCAGGAGAUCAACAGCAAAACAAUCAGCAAUUUAAAGAAAUUGAUCAAGGAAAGAGCACCAGAGGAUCAGUUUUCUACUUACUCAGCUCCAUAUUCACGGCAAGCCAUUCUGGUUUUGUUAAGAACUCGGAGAUUCUUAUGGAGGAAUGUGCAAUAUACAUAUGGUAGGCUUACAGGCUGCAUAAUGAUUGGACUCUUGAUGGGAUCCUUAUACUAUCAAAUUGAAUACAAGGACACAUAUGGUGCAACUUCACGUAUGCUAUACAUAUACAUGCAAGUUUUACUCGUCGGAGUGAUCUCAGCCAACAAUGUUAUUCCCCAGAUUGGCACAGACAGGUUAGUCUAUUUCCGGGAGAAAAGGGCUGGAAUGUAUCUUCCAGUAUUUUACCCGGUAUCAUGGGCAGUUGGUGAGAUCCCAUAUAUUUUCAUUGCUACACUUGCAGUUGUAGGGAUAGGGAAUGGUAUGGCAGGAAUUGGAACAGGAUCCAUGGCAGAGUUCCUACAGUAUUGGCUAGCACUCUUCAUUUUUACUUUGUGUGUAACAUAUUUUGGGAUGAUGAUAACUUUCCUAGCACCACUGCCAACACUAGCCGCAUUUGCAGUGUCAAUUGUGACAUCAAUGUGGGUGUCAGCUUCUGGUGUAGUUGUUGCCCUAUCUGACAUAAGGUUCUACCGAUGGAUGUAUUGGAGUAGUCCAUUCCAAUUUGCUAUGAAUGUAAUGACCUCUAUCAGUUUCUACUGCAAUACAAAGGAGUGUGCAGCAAAUUGCAGUUGCCCAAAGUUUCCAGACGGUUCUUAUGUGUGGGAUAGAAUGGCAUCGCUAAGAAGCUUGAAUCAUGAAAGGAUGGAUACAGACAUAUACAUAUUGUGUGCAAUGUGUGUGCUGUUUGCCAGUCUAGCCUUCAUCUUCUUUGUUGUGCUGAAGCACAACUCGCCUCCGCAAUUAUAG